AUGUCGACGUCUUCGGACCGCCAGUACAAGCACAACAGCAGGAGCCUGAACAAGAGCAUAAAUCGCCUGCAGCGCGAGGAUGAUGGCUCGCCACGGAGGUCCAGGGCUGGCUCGCGGGCCUUCCAGGCGCCCGUCAGCUACGAGGAUGCCUACAACUACGCCCUCAGCGUCGCCUUCCUCCACUACCUGCUGCAGCCCAAGAAGAAGAGGAAGGAAUAUGUCACGGUGCCCAAGGCGCCCACAAGGGUCCACACGUACACCCAGAACAUCGGCGAGCUGGUCAAGGAGUUCAUCCCCACGGGCUCAACCUCGGGCAAGGAGGUCAAGCUCCCGCACAGCUUCUCCGGCUGGCUGGAGAAGCGCAUGGGGCAUGUCGUCAGGGGCACCGAGAAACUCCAGGGCUUCAGCGACCCAAACCUGAAGAGGAGCUUUGCCGAGGCCUACACCUCCUUCACCGAUGCAAGCUUCCGCAAGAGCCUCGACAAGGACCGCAAGCUCGAGCCCCUCAUCCUCAUCUUCUACUCGUCUGCGUCUAGGGCCCAGGGCCGAGGCAAGGCUCCCGAUGACCACACCUGGAAGAUCUUGGUUGAUAGGCACCUCGCCCUCUUCGUGAGGCUGAUCCUGAGCAUCUUCAGGGAGCACGGCACCGACAAGGACAAGCCCGAGCUCAUGAGCAAGCUCCAGACCCUGGAGCAGAAGUUGCUGCGCAACGACGAGAACCUGUCCAUCGACAGCGGCCAGAGCGGUGGCGAGCACAAGACCAUCGAGGUCGACAUACCGCACAGCUACCAGGUCAAGGACAUGCACAUGGUGCAGAUCGUGGGCAAGAUCUUUGGCCGCACCAACUCCCAGCUGCAGUCCGAUGUCGAUGUAAACCGAAACAUUUGGACCGAGGAGGCCGCCCUCAAAGACCUCAAGGCCUACCAGCACCGCCUCGACUCGAACAUGGACGGCGCCCUUAGGCGGCAGGACUUCGACGUAAACGAGUCCUUCGAGGAAUGGAAAGCAGGUGAGCGUCAGCACCUGACAUCGCUGAUGCUGGACGUGUUAAAGGUCCGCCCCGACCUCAGCAAGACUGUCACGAGCUUCGAGAAGCCCUUGCCCGUCCGUCCCACGUCCAUCUUCUCCGAUGAGCAGGCAUUUGCAGACUUGGCCAAGAUGAUCAACAAUCCUGACUCGGCCGGCCCCGGGGGUGACCCGUCCUUCAGUCUGAGUUCACUCUCGUUUGAUGACAAUUCCAGUAUACGCAGCGUGGAUGAGCCCAACUACACCUUUAUCCCCCCUGACCCGAGGGCGUUCUAUAAAAUGAUCCUCCAGAAUGCCAUGACGUUCGAUCAGCUACACGCCGAGUCUGAGGAGUUCGUCCCGCUCUCACACCAGUCCCUGGAGCUACUGAACGAGCUGUGCGCGUACUGGCGUAUCCCGCAGUUCACCAGGCACAUCACCUUUCUCGAGGUCGCUGUGCGCAAGUUCCUGGACCAGGAACUUCGAGGUGACGAGCUCGAUGCCUGUUUUGAUUUUGUCAAGGCUCCACCGCCCGAGCCCAAGAAGCUCCCUUACAUUCAACUGUUCACCGCGACCCUGCCCGAGAUUGAUCCGAGCAAGUGGACACUGGUGGACUUCACCCUGUACCAGCAGAUACUCAACGCUCUUCACGAUGCCCUCCUCCGAGAUGUCUAUGACGUGCUAAUGCACUGUUAUGAACCCAAGGCACCUUCCGUAGGUGUGACAAUGGUCCUUCUCAUGAACCACGUAUACCCAGACCCGGUGUUUUCCGAGCGGGAAGAGGAGCUGGAAGAGUUCGCCAAGACGCUCACCGAGGGCCUCAAGCAGCAGGCUGAACAAGUGUACCACGGAUUCCUCGAAAAGGAGGUCCCCCAAGCCAAAGAAGAUUGGGACUUCUCCCAUGUCGUAAAUCUUGGUCGGGCAGUCACAAAGUUGUGCACGAGGAUCAAGAAAAAGUAUUCCAAGAACCCCAAGAUCAUGGGAGUGUCGCCCUUCGCGGUCCUGGUCCAAACAGUAUUCCCCAGCUUCGAGGAAGAUGCAAAGGCCCUGAUCGAGACCAUCGUCAUAGCGGCCAAGGAAAGAGGGGAGGAGGUCAACGUGGUGGACGGGUUCGACUUGUAUAAGGAGCUGGUCGAGCUCCGCAAGAUCCAUGUCGAGUUCCUUCCAGGAAUGGCGUUCGCCUUCCACAUCGAGAGUGUACUAGAAGAGUUUGUCUGGCGCUGGAUCGGCGAGGCGGAAACGAGAAUGACACAAUUCGUGGAAGAGGCCAUCAAACAGGACCAGUUCCAAGUCAGGACGAAUCAUCCGGGCAACAUCCCCACGGACGCGGAGCGCCACAGUGUGUCUAUCAUUGACAUAUUCCAAUUGUUCAACCAGACUGUCGACCAGAUCUUCCAGCUUGAAUGGGACGAUGAUGUCCACCACGCCAAGUUCAUGACCGCCUUAGCCAAGGCGUUUGCUGCCGGGAUUGGCCGCUACUGCGAGAUCGUUGAGGGCAAGUUCGCGAAGGAGAUGGACCGCCAAACAGCCCAGGAGCUGGCGGCAGCUCAGAGGACCACGCAGGAGCGGUUUAUGCAAAUGGCCAAGGACGCCUGGAAUACCAAGGACGGCAUAGAGCCAUUCCAGUUCUACCCUGAGUCCUUCGUUAAGUUGAACAAUAUCGAAUAUGCGAUGCAGUCACUGGAUAAGCUAGAAAAGGCCAUGAACGUGGAGGGGUGCGCGGAUGUGCUAAGGAACAAGGAAGGCCCGAAGCAGUACCGCAAGCCGGAUAAGUAUGUUUUCACGAUCAAGGUCGUCGAGGCAGAGGACAUCAAGGCUUGCGACCCAAAUGGGUAUAGUGACCCGUAUGUAGUCUUGGUCGAUGAGUAUCAGAAGCGUCUUGCCAAGACCCGCGUGGUCUCGAGGACGCUGAACCCACGCUGGGACGAGUCGGUGGACGUUACUGUCACGGGGCCAGUGAACGUGAUCGCGACAUUGUGGGACUACGAUACUUUCGGAGACCAUGACUUUGUGGGCCGUACCUCACUGAAGCUCGACCCGAUCCAUUUUAGCGACUACCUGCCGCGUGAGUUCUGGCUGGAUCUUGACACGCAGGGCAGGCUCUUGAUCAGAGUGAGCAUGGAGGGCGAGAAAGAUGACAUCCAGUUCCACUUCGGUAAGGCCUUCAGACACCUCAAAAGGACAGAGCGAGACAUGGUGCGGAAGAUCACGGACAAGCUGACAACUGUCAUCAACGCAUCGCUUUCCCAUGAAGCCCUGAAGACCCUGCUCAGCCGGGGCAUCGCUGCAUCGAUCGGGAACAUGUGGAAGACCAGGAAGACCGUUGCUCCGCCGGUGACACAGGCCGAUGUGGAGAAUGCACUCCAGGCGCUCUUCAACUACUUUGACGAAAACUUUGCCAUAAUGAAGCAGACGCUUACCGAGGCCACGAUGAUGGCCGUCAUGACCCGUCUGUGGAAGGAGGUCCUCAUGGCAAUAGAGGGCCUUCUGGUGCCACCGUUGUCAGACAAGCCGUCGACACAGAAGCCGCUCACGCAGGUCGAGCUCGACGUGGUGUACAAGUGGCUCGACAUGCUCUUUGAAUUCUUCCACGCCAAAGACGAGGAUGGCGAGGUACUGGGAGUCCCAGCAGAGGUACUGAAAUCACCUAAGUGGCAUGAAUUGGCCUCGCUCAACUUCUGGUACUUCGACCCGACCGAGACGCUCAUCCGAACGUCGGAGCGCAUGGUUGCAGCCACGCAACAGCGCGCACAGCAGCAGGUGCAGCAGGCCAGCCGGCAGUCGGCACCGGCGACCUUUGGGCCGACGUUCAACUCUGGGGCAGGGGCAUUCGGAAGCAUGGGCACGAUCCGCCGUGGCAAGUCUAUCAUGAUGAGCCGCAACCUGGGCACAAUGAAGCGGGCCAAGGAGGAGAAGCGCAAAGAGGCGCAGGCAGACCCGUCGGACGACAUGAUCCUCCGAAUCCUGCGGAUGCGGCCUGAGGCGGCAGGGUACCUCCGAGAGAGACACCGGCAGAAGGAGAGGAUGGCGGCGAGCCAGGCGGCAGCGGCCAUAGUGCGGCAGAGCAUCACGCAGGGAUUCAACGCUGGGGCAUACGGGAAUAAUUCUGGAAAGGGCUCCUACGGCAACCUCCCCCGGCGAUAG